GGGAUGGGCAUAUGACCAUUUAAAUCGCCAUGAGAUAAAACGAGGUGUAAUACGUAUCCUCCCCGUCAGGCUCUCUUCCCUGCUAUCAUAAAGCAUGAAAUCGGCGUCACCCUUGGUUGAUUUUUCAAUCUUUUUUCUUACUCUCCUCACAUUGACAUGUUUUCUUCUACACACAUACGGUCGUGUUUCCGUGAGAAGACGUCUACCACCUGGUCCUCCCACAGGUUGGUUUGGGAAUUUCAGUUUGCCAACCAGCUAUCAGUGGCUUCAUUAUGCGAAGUGGAAAGAAUCAUACGGCGACCUCAUCUAUGUCUACAUUCUGGGUAACCCUAUCAUUGUCAUCAACUCUGCACAGGUGGCAGAGGACCUUUUUGAGAAGCGGAGUAGAAAUUAUUCUUCCAGGCCCAUCAGAACUAUGGUAGUCGAACUGUAAGUGCCACUGUGAAUUGAUUGCUGAUGCGUGUCUGAGAGCCGCUAGAAUGGGAUGGGAUUGGCUCUUUUCGUCAAUGCCGUAUGGGAGCAGGUGGAAACAACAUCGCUCUUCCAUCGUCACUUUCGCAGGCUACUGACGUCCAACUAUCACCCAGUCGUAGUAAAGGAGACCUUAUACAACUCUUCGAAAUUUGGCCAAUACACCGGAUGAUUUUGCUCACCACUUGCGC